UCUUAAUAUCCAUUAUGCCUUAAAAUAUAAUUCAAUUCAAUCACUAACAGUAAAUUGCACAGAGAGACAGAGAGGGAGAAAGCAGAAAAAGAGGGCCUUUUUCGCCCUCUCUUCUUGUUAUGUCUCCUCUCAGAUCUUAGAUUCUUUCAGUUUUUCUUUUUCGUUGGCAAAUUUUCCAUAAUAAAAGCUUCACUUUCGAUUUUCUGUUACAUAGCUUCUGGGUUUUGGAUCCUGUAAUCAGUCCUUGUAUAUUUUGUUCUUCUUCUCGUUGUUUCUUGCGAAUCCUGGAUAGCUGGUUGAUCCAUUUUGAUCGGUGAAAGGUCUUUUCUGCUUUUGGAUUCAAUCAAGAGUACCCGUUUCAUAAAUACUUGUAAAUAUCCAGGCUUUGUUUUAUUUCUUUUGACGAGAAAUGGAAAUGGAGCUUGGAAAGCUAUUUAUUGGUGGGAUUUCAUGGGACACAAAUGAAGACCGUCUUAGGCAGUAUUUCCAGACUUUUGGCGAAGUCGUGGAGGCUGUGAUAAUGAAGGAUCGGGCUACUGGUCGAGCCCGUGGCUUCGGUUUUGUUGUUUUUGCAGACCCUUCUGUUGCUGAGAGAGUUGUGAUGGAAAAGCAUCUCAUAGAUGGUAGAAAUGUUGAAGCAAAGAAGGCGGUUCCUCGGGAGGAUCAAAACAUCUUGAGUAGAAACAGCAGCGGCAGCGUACAUGGUUCACCUGGUCCAGUUUGUACAAAGAAGAUAUUUGUUGGAGGUUUAGCAUCUACUGUCACGGAGACAGACUUUAAGAAGUACUUUGAUCAGUUUGGGAUAAUUACAGAUGUUGUGGUUAUGUAUGACCACAAUACUCAAAGGCCAAGAGGUUUUGGUUUUAUUACUUAUGAUUCAGAGGAAGCAGUGGAUAAAGUGUUGCAUAAAACCUUUCAUGAACUUAAUGGUAAAAUGGUUGAGGUCAAGCGAGCUGUCCCCAAAGAAUUAUCACCAGGGCCAACUCGGAGCCAGUUAAGUGGAUAUAACUAUAGCCCAAGUAGAGCUGGUAGUCUACUGAAUGGUUAUGCUCAGACUCAGGGAUACAUUCCAAAUUCUCCUGGAGGACUUGGUGUUAGAAUGGAUGGUAGGUUUAGUCCUGUUACUGUUGGUCGGAAUAAUUUCUCUCCAUUUGGUCCUGGUUUUGGCAUGGGGCUAAAUUUUGAUCAGGAGUUGAUUCCUAGUUAUGGGGGAAAUUCCAACCUAAGUUAUAACCUUGGCUACGGAAGAAUGAGUCCAUAUAGUGGAAAUUCAAGCAGGUAUGAUAGCCCUGUUGGAUACAAAGGAGUCAAUGAUGGAAAUAGUUCUGCCUUAAAUUCGACAUCUAGACCUUUGUGGGGCAAUGGAAGUAUUAAUCAUGCUUCAGACUCCGCAAAAUCUAGUACUUUUAUGGGCUCUGGAGGUGGGAAUUCAAGUAUGGGUUCUUUUGGCAGUAUUGGAGGACUCUGGGGCUUCUCAGCUAAUUCUGGACAAGGUGAAGGUGCUGGCUCUGCCUAUAGCAAUUGCAAUCUUAGCUACAAUAGUGGAGAUUUCAAUGUUGGUCUUGGAGAGUUAGGUUAUGGAAGAAACAGUGGGACAAGUGCUGUGCCAGUUUCAUCUCAUGCUACAUCACAUGAUGUUUAUGGUGGACCUUAUGCAGACGUUUAUUCUAAUGGUCCGUUGUAUGGCCAUUCUGCAUUACAAUCUUCACCUUUAGAGCUAAAGGGUUCUGGCUCAUUUGGUUUUGGGCAUCGAAAUGCAGCUACAGAUGUUGUGACUAAAAACUCUGCUGGUUAUGUUGGUGGUUAUAGUGUUGCCAAUAGUUAAGCAAAUAGAGGAAUUGCUGGUUAGGAUGAUUAUGAUGUGAAUGCCAAGAGAUUAUUGUAGGUGAACUAAUAUCCGAUUAAGUGAUUUUUGUACACUUCCCUUGCCUAGAUGUUUCAGUUUAUAUGAGAAUUUGAUUAGAGCUAACUGGUUUGCCUUUUUUGAUGAAUUUAUGGUAGAGUGCAGUCAGAAGGAAUUCUAUCUAAGGUUCGAGCUUUGAAGAUUUUAUGGUAUAGGUUUUUUCUUUCUUGGAAUUUGAUUAAGAUGUAUAAUCAGAUUGCUCGGUAUACGCAAAAUUACUGUAUCAUGCAUCUCUGGUGACACAAAAAGAAUGAACAUUCUUUUCAAAAAAAAAAAAAAAAAAAUCCCAUUAUUUUUGGUUCUUUUUUCUCCCAUUUCUGUGAUAGCCAAGUAUGUUGUUUCCCUUGAAUAGGUUUUUCUUUUCAGCAGAUUGUAAAAGUGUUUGUUUGAUUUACUAGUGUGAAACUCUUUUGAGGGAGACUACUAAAGAAUAACCAGUAAUAGUGAUUAAUGUUGAUUGACCAUUUUA